UGAUAAAUCAAUACCUAUCCCCACUACCAAACGAUUCCCCUAUCAUUUCCGCUGGUCGGGUUGUCGCAAUCGCUAAUCAUUUUGGUGGUCUUCUCAGCUGAAUUUUUCCAGGCCCGUUGAGCAGUUCCAUAAACAUGGGAAAAGAAAAAACCCAUAUUAAUAUUGUAGUGAUUGGUCAUGUAGAUUCUGGCAAGUCCACGUCCACAGGACAUCUCAUCUAUAAAUGUGGCGGAAUAGAUAAACGAACCAUCGAAAAAUUCGAGAAAGAAGCUCAAGAAAUGGGCAAAGGUUCAUUUAAGUAUGCUUGGGUACUGGAUAAACUUAAGGCUGAAAGAGAGCGUGGUAUUACCAUUGAUAUUGCUUUAUGGAAAUUUGAAACGGCCAAGUAUUAUGUUACAAUCAUUGAUGCUCCAGGCCAUAGAGACUUCAUCAAAAAUAUGAUCACAGGGACAUCACAGGCCGAUUGUGCAGUUUUAAUAGUUGCCGCGGGUACCGGCGAGUUUGAAGCAGGAAUAUCAAAAAAUGGUCAAACUCGUGAACAUGCUCUGUUAGCCUUUACUUUGGGUGUUAAACAACUUAUCGUUGGUGUCAAUAAAAUGGAUAAUACCGAACCGCCAUACUCCGAAGCUCGCUUUGAAGAAAUUAAGAAGGAAGUGUCUUCUUACAUUAAGAAGAUUGGUUAUAAUCCAGUUGCUGUCCCGUUUGUACCAAUUUCUGGUUGGCACGGAGAUAAUAUGCUUGAACCAAGUGACAAAAUGCCCUGGUUUAAAGGAUGGUCAGUUGAACGCAAAGAGGGCAAAGCUGAGGGUAAAACUUUGAUUGAAGCUUUGGAUUCAAUACUUCCUCCUUCUAGACCUACCGAGAAACCACUGAGGUUGCCGCUGCAGGAUGUCUAUAAGAUUGGUGGAAUUGGAACGGUGCCAGUAGGUCGUGUGGAAACUGGAAUUUUAAAACCUGGAAUGGUAGUUACUUUUGCACCAGUUGGUUUGACUACUGAAGUUAAAUCAGUUGAAAUGCACCAUGAAGCUUUACCAGAGGCAGUACCUGGAGAUAACGUUGGGUUUAAUGUUAAGAACGUAUCGGUUAAAGAGUUACGUCGGGGAUUUGUUGCAGGGGAUUCCAAAAAUAAUCCUCCCAGAGGAGCUUCUGAUUUUACUGCCCAGGUUAUCGUUUUAAAUCAUCCUGGGCAAAUAGCAAAUGGUUAUACUCCAGUUUUGGAUUGUCAUACCGCUCAUAUUGCGUGCAAGUUCGCAGAAAUCAAAGAAAAAUGCGAUCGUCGUACUGGUAAAACAACUGAAGAAAAUCCGAAGUCGAUCAAAUCUGGGGACGCCGCCAUAGUAAAUUUGGUACCAUCUAAGCCGAUGUGUGUGGAAUCUUUCCAGGAAUUUCCACCUCUUGGGCGUUUCGCUGUUCGUGACAUGCGCCAAACGGUCGCCGUGGGUGUUAUAAAGCAAGUGAACUUUAAGGACACUGCUGGUAAAGUUACGAAGGCUGCCGAAAAAGCCCAAAAAAAGAAAUAACUAGACUUAGCAAGGACUUCUACAGAAGGCCUCAAGAAAAUCUUCAUCAAUAGUUUUUAUUAUUUUUCUAGACGUAUGUUGUUAAAUUAUUUUCAUCGAAAGGAGUUUAGAAGGAAAACUAUUACCAAAGUAACUCCCCAUUUUUUUUCAUGACUCAUUAUUCAGGCUGCCAAUAAAUAUGGCGGUCUGUGAUUAUUAUGUUUCGAUAUUGUUAUUUUUAAUAUUUUCUUUAUCUUUAGUAUUUAAUUAUUUAAAGUAUAAUAUGAGAUUAGUAUUUAGUCUUUGGUGAAUUCGUUAAAUUGAUGAUGAUGUACUUGAUCAUAUAUAUAUGUGCUUCAACUAAUACUCUAUAAAGUAUAUGAGUGUAAAGA